AUGGGACCAAUGGCAGGAUCAGUAGUUGGCAGGGUGCCGGCGCAGCAGAAUUCGACUUGCGAAGUGAGUUCUUUGCAGUGCAGUGGAAGACACGAGGAACUAAUACGGAAGAACACCCAAGGCGACACGAUGACCAAGCCUACCCCAUCGAUGCUCGAAGCAAUCUGUCAGACAACCUUGUUGGACGACGUUUUUGAAGAGGAUCCUGUGACAAAUGACCUCCAAGCCUACGUCGCCGAACGGACUGGCCAUCAGAGCGCCUUACUCGUCAUGUCGGGGACUAUGGGCAAUCAGGUUGCGAUUCGGACACAUCUCGUGCAACCUCCUUACUCCGUUCUCUGUGAUCAUCGCUCUCACAUUGUGCGCUACGAGGCCGGAGGCGUCAGCUCUCUGACAGGGGCCAUGGUACAACCUAUCGUGCCGAGUAACGGUAUUCACCUUACUCUAGAGGACAUUCAAAAGCACGCAGUGCUCGAUGAAGACGUACAUUACUGCCCAACAAAGCUUAUCAGCUUGGAGAAUACCCUGGAUGGCAUGGUGAUGCCUCUGGCCGAAGCUCGUCGGAUCACAGAAUGGGCUCAUCAGAACGGAGUCAAGGUGCAUUUGGACGGCGCGAGACUUUGGGAAGCAGUGGUUUCUGGAGCCGGCAGCUUGCCAGAAUAUGCUGGCCUGUUCGACAGUGUGAGUCUCUGCUUCUCAAAAGGCUUGGGAGCACCGAUUGGGAGCAUCAUCGUCGGAUCCACUGAAUUCAUAAAGAAGGCUCGCUGGUUUCGCAAAUCCAUCGGUGGCGGCGUUCGUCAGGCUGGGGUAAUUGCUGCGGCUGCGCGGGUGGCCCUCGAGGAGACUUUCGGGCCAGAUCCCAACGGUCAGAAGGGUAAACUUCGAGAAACUCACAUCAAUGCCAAGAGAGUCGCUGAGAUGUGGACAACCCGUGGCGGCAAGUUGCAACAUCCAGUACAUACCAACAUGGUAUGGCUGAACCUUGAAUCCUCUGGUGUAGGUCCCAAUGACCUGGCUGAGAUCGGAAAGGAGCUUGGCCUCAAAUUACUCGGAGGCCGAAUCGUCGUGCAUUAUCACUGGGGCAGGUUUUUGAUCGCGCUCUGA